GACGAGGACGGGGAAACGGCAGAGAAGAACCCGGUAAAUACAACGGAGCACAACCGAGGCCGACAUGAGUCAGUCUCGUCGCGGCUGUUGAUCGAUUCGCACGUCGAGGACUUCUCCGAUUCAUCAGGCACACGCGACGAACACAUCGUUCCCGUUUCGACGGAUAAGAAUCUCAGUCCUGCCGAUUAUGCAAAGUAGACGAACGAAUAUUUAACUACCGGUGAAUCGUGAGUGAAAGCUGAAGAGGAGAGACACAGAAGUUACAACAUACAUCGAGGACUCUAAAGAUGAAGACUGGAGCGAUAUUCCUAAGCCUCGCAAUCAGUUGCUUUGGCCAACUGAUUUAUCCCGACGACAGUAGUCUAUUCAAAAGCACGAUCGUUCCUUAUGUCUAUUCAACUGACAUACGGCAAUCAGUGAAUAAAAAUAUCGCAUCCUACGAACCACCACAAUUCGCUAGCUUGGAACCACCGGCUCUCGGAGCACUUGGAAGCAGCGCGCCGCAAGAAGAAAUGGUAUCGGCUGUCGGUUCGAAAUUCACGGACAACGCGUUGCAGGAAUGGAGCGAUCACGUAAACAAUCUCAUAGCCAAUGGCGUGUUCAAAUUCGCUUUAGACGUCGAACGUGAAAUUCAUAGGAAUCGAGGUACAUCCAUGAUCGAGCAACAGGACAACAUAAUUUUCUCGCCGCUCAGCAUUACCGUGACUUUGGCGAUAGUCCUCGCAGGUUCUGCUGGCAAGACCUUCGAGGAGGUGUCCAGGGUUCUUGGACUGGAAUUGGGCGUUGAUAUUUCACGACAUUCCGAGAUCGUUCAUCAAAUGUUUGGCUUGCUGACAGACCAGUUUCAAACGAAUUUUCUUACAUCCACUGCACCGAAAACAGACUUUGCUCUAGCGACUUAUGUACAGGACGGUUAUCCAAUAUUAGAAGAAUUUAGAAAACUUAGCACCGAGGUUUACAAGAAUGAUGUGAUUAAUGUAGACUUUGCGAAAAACGGGCAAGCAGCGCAGAAUAUCAUAAACUCAUGGGUGAGUCAGAAGACGAAGGGAAAAAUUAUGAGUAUUUUGAAUAGUGUACCCAGUCCAGACACGAUGCUGAUUCUCUUAUCGGCACUUUAUUUCAAUGGGGAGUGGAACCAACACUUUUUGGAGAAUAGUACGAAACGGAAACCAUUCUUCAUUGAACCAAACAAUCCAAUUCAAGUCGAUAUGAUGUACAACGGGGGUCCGUUCCCCUUUUACGAAGACAAACAAUUGGGGGUGAAGAUCCUUGGACUUCCGUACAAGGGCAAGGAAAUGACCAUGUAUAUCCUCUUUCCAAAAGCUGAGGGUGCAUCAGCUCUACGAAACUUUUUGAACGGAUUGUCGGUAAAAGUAAUCGAAAAUUUGAUUAACAACAUGAAGAACGAAACUUGUAUCAUCGGAUUACCGCGGAUGAAGCUGAGUAGUAGUCUGAGUUUAAGAUCCACGCUCGCUAAUCUAGGCAUGAGUUCUCUGUUCGACCCAAAAUCAGCAGAUUUGAGCUUAAUAUCCCAACCAAGUAGCGUAUAUACAGCAAUCAGGAAUAAUGUACCAGCGACUCCGACGAUGGGUGCUCCGGUAGAGUCGACGGCUGAUCGAGGAAAGAGCAUGUACACGGUUCCACCAAUCCCGCAGGACACAAAAAAUGUGUUGAUCUUCAAUCGGUUUGGUUCGGAGCAGAAUAAAAGAGAUCGCGUGGUGAAGAGAAAUUAUUUUACAUACGAAGACCCAACCGGUUACACAGUGGAACAAUGGUCAAACGGAUUUACCAUUAGAAACAAACGUGUAGCUCGUGAUACCAAAAAUAAAGAGAACAGGAACUCGUACGUAACGGACGAAAGGCCCGAAGCGAACGACAAAACGACGUUCGUGAAUCUCGAAGAAAAUAAGUACCGUUUCCAAGACGAGAAAGAUAAGAAGAGGAGUAGAAGGCAGAGCAGGCCGAUCGAUGAGGACUUCUUGAACUUCGUGAAGCAAAAAAAUUUCCCGUCCUACGGGCUGGACAAUCUGAGGAAUACCGCUAAUCUGGUAAAUCCGCAUCUCUUCGCCUCGGAUGUUCUCCACAAAGUGGAAAUUGACAUCACGGAGAAAGGCACAGAGGCUGCAGCCGUGACUGGCGUGGUGCUGGAACGUGAUGGAAGUCAGAAGAGGCUUAUAGCGAACAGACCGUUCGUCUUUUUCAUCAGACACGAUCCGACGAAACUCGUGCUCUUCUGGGGCACGGUAAAUACUCCGACUCCGAAGUAUCCGGCCACGUAAUACAGAACCGGAUUCGUGCAACAAAAUCCAUAGAGAUUUGAAGAUGAGUGUCGGAGAAAGCGGAGAGUUAACUUCUUUAUUUUCAGUUAAUGUCGUUUGCUAAAGCUUGUCCACGUAGUAACGGCCUUGCUCGCGAAUACUUCUUCCUACGGUUGCGACUGGUCGUGCGGCUGAUUACCAUUUUUGAAUGAGUAAACACGUUUUGCGCAAAUGAAAACAGCUUCACUGAAGGACAUGCUUCUCGUAUUGCUUCUGAAGAGCAGUUGACAAGAGUGUUUACGCACGAUUGACUUAUACCGGUUUCAUUGCACUCUUCUGAUUUUGCAGGCUUUAAUUAAAGAUAAUUAUUCAAACAAUCCUCCUGUAACAUUUUUUAGAUAUUUAUCUGUACUUUCCUGAUCGAGCAGUAUUUCCUCGUAACUUAACGCUCCCAUCUGAUAUCUAUUAAAUGCAGUUCCGCUGCGGUGAAUUGCAUUUUAGUAGUAUAGACUUAAGUUAUUGAACAAUUUUAUGUAAUCGUAAUAUGAAUAAACUGUUUUUUUAAUUACA